CCAGUGAAGCCGUCAUGUUUCCGUCUCCUGCUUCCCAUGUCCUGAGUGGAAACAAAAACACGCCGAAAGAAGAAGCCUAAAGAAAACAGCACAAUAUGCACACAAUGACUGGCCAACUGGGAGAAGAUGGGACGUCCCACCAUGCUUUUGUCCCCCGCCAGAGGAAAACUUCAAUCGCCGUGUUGCUCCGCCCUCAUUGGCCAGUUUAUUAGAUCCCUGAAGCCUGAAGGCAGGGAUCCCCUCUCCGAUUGGUCCUCGGAGCCGUCGGCCUAUCGGAUUUUGUCAGGCAGCGUCUCCUGUGCAGCAGAUUCCAACAGGACAAUCGAGGAUCAGCGGGUCUUCAUUCUGAGAGCUGGUGUUCAUCAUGGAGGUGCCCAGGAUGCCUCAACCUGUCCCCUUCCCCCGGACUAUUCAUAACAUCGUCUCCUCAACGCGGUCUCCCUUGGGAGCAGUCGACAACAUCACCGCCAGCGACACCCAGGGAGGAAAUCUCCAGGAGGAGAAGGACGAAAGCGCGGAGGACGAUCCACUUGGAGAGGACGGGGAGGUCACGGACGAGGCUGACCGCUCUGAUGUGGACCUGUCCUCCCGAGAGAGUUUUUUAGAGGAGCGUUCCAUGUCCGAGGAGGGGGUGUCAGCGGAAGAGGCUGAAAGGAAGGCGGAGGAAGCAGAAGCGGCCAGAGAGAGGGCGGCCCAGAGGCAGCUGAUGGCCAUCCAGGAGUUGGUGCACUCUGAGAGGAACUACCUACGUCUGCUUCAGAUCAGCACUGUCACAAUCAGGAGCAACCUGCAGAAACUACAGCCUCCGCUCGCCAACUUGGACAGCAUGUUCCUCUAUAUCGAGGACGUGAUCGACGUGUCGAGUCGCCUCCUCAGCCUGUUGGAUCAGAGGCACAUGCAGCCCGGAGAUCCGCUCUUCCUGGAGGCACUUUGUAACGCCUUCCUCAGCCUGUCCUCUGACAUCGAGGCGGCCUACAAGGAGUACCUGACCAACUACAACCGCGUCACCGUGGUGGAGAACUCCUACAAACAGAAGGAGGCGCUGUGGGACGAGAUCGUCAAAGUCAUCAAGAUGUCGGCGCCCGAAGUGAACGCCACCUCCUUGAGUUUCUUCCUGGUGAUGCCGGUGCAGCGCAUCGCCCGCUACCCUCUUCUCCUACAGACCAUCCAGAAGCACACGGACACGCGUCACCCAGCAUACGAGCUCCUGGAGCGGACGGCUCACACCUCCGUCGCCCUCAACUGUCGCAUCAACGAGUACAAGCGCUUCCGGGAAGUCGCCGACAAGUACAAGAAGACGGAGACGCUGAGCAUCAUGGACAAGAUCAACCGCUUGAACUCCCACAGCAUCGCCAAGAAAACAGCCAGGAUCGGACAGUUCCUCAAACACGAGACUGGGAUGGUUCCUAAGCUGGUGGACGAGGAGUUUGAUGCUCUAGAAUGCUUCUUUUACGUCCUGGAGCACGGCAUCUUGCAGCUGCUGGACAACGUGGAGUUGUAUCUCAACCACCUUCAGAGGUUCCUGCGGUGCAAAACGGAGGAGUUUGACUUGGACAUGGACGGCGAAAAGGCCCCCAUUUGCUACAAAGAGAUCACGACCGCCCUCAGGCAGUGGAUCCUCCCCACAUUUGAGAAGAGGAUGAGGACGCUGAUCCACAAGCCUCUCUGCGCACUCCGUGACCUCCUGGUGGGCCCGAGGAACCUGAUCCGGAAGAGGCUGGACAAGCUGCUGGACUAUGAAGUGAUCGAGGCCAAAUCUUCUCUGAGCUACGAGGAACAGGCCAUUGCCAACACGUACAAGACCAUCAACACGUUGCUGCUUAACGAGCUGCCGAAGUUUAACGGCCUGGCGCUGCAGAUGAUUUGGCGCAUGCUGGGCGCGUUCAGCUGCCUGCACAAAGACCUCACCUGCGACAUGGAGCAACUCUUCCAAAGCUUCGCCCAACAGCUGCCCCACAGCUCUCUGGAGAAUGGUGUGUUCUGGGAGUGGGCGGAGUCAGCGGUGCUGGAGGGUUCAAGGAGACUGGAGACUUUGUGCCACGGUGUGGAGGAGACGCUCCUGGCUCCCGCCACGCAGCCUCUCGGCACGACCUCGCAGCUCCGGCUGAAGCAGCUGACGGACAAGCACGGCUCCGACAAGAUCUACCAGGUGAUGAGCGCCGUGGUGGGCAGCCGGGACCUGGACCUGAGCCUGGCCAAAGGAGAGCUGGUGGCCGUCAUCAGCCAGGCCGACAGCCGCGGGGACAGCCGCAGGUGGCUGGUGGACGCCGGAGGCCGGCGAGGCUACGUGCCGUCGUCAAGGCUGAUCCGCUAUCAUCAGCCGGCAGAAGAGCCGCCCCCGUCGCCUCAUCCGCCCUCGCCGCAAGGUGCCGUAUGCGCCAGGAGGCACUCGUACACACCGGAGCUACGACACACUGCGACGGUGCUCAGCCAGCCCUUCUUCCAGGUGUUUGCGGCCUACAACUUCACAGCGAGGGGAAACCACGAAGUCUCCGUGGUGGCGGGCGAGCCGGUCCGGGUCCUGGAGCCCCACGACAAGAGAGGGAGCCGCGAGUGGAGCCUGGUGGAGGUGAGAGGCAGGCGGAGGGGCUAUGUGCCCUCCAACUACCUCGCCCUGGUGCCGGCGGCGGCGGGCUCGCUCGUCGGCGCCGACCAGCCGGGCUGCUGACGACCACGGCUGCACUCCAGUAUGUCUCAAAAUGCAUCUUUGAAGUUUCACGGCGAGCAAUUUUGGCAAUAAUGUGCUUGUGAAACACCUCACUGGGGGAAUUUAAAAUAGCAUGGGAGCUGAAGUACCUGAUGUUCUGUUGCAGCUAGUUUUAAAUGGAACACAGCAGAGACUCCCCAUGCUACUAUGCUGCCUCCUGGUGGUGUGGAGUGUGAAGAGCAAGCGUCACAUUAUCUCUUGACUGGAACGCCAUGGUCAUGCACUGCAAGAACGAGUUAGCAAUGCUAACGCUAACAAUGCUACCUCGCAGUAUAUGACAAGUGGAGUCCUUUUUCGUCCUCCGUGUGCGAGUAAGGACGGGUAAGUAUGGAGGUAGAUUUGUGUCUUUAUCACGAAAGUAUUUUUUUAGACACUGAAUUUAUGUAGCUGAAUUUUUUGCGAUUUAAUUUUGUGAACAGAAUUUUUUUUUUUACAUUAAAAUAUGCUAUUUCUUUGAAAAAAAUGGUUAGCAAAAUGUGUUUAAAAAUUAAGUGUUUUAAAAUUUGUGUUUAAAAAUUCAGUGUAAAAAAAAUUCAGUGUGAAACAAUUUGCUGCCUGAAAAAGCAAGAUUUAAAAUUCAUUGUUUGAAAAUUCAGUGUAAAAAAUUUGUUGCCUGAAAAAGCAGGAUUUAAAAUUCAUUGUUUAAAAAUUCAGUGUAAAAACAAUUCAGUGUAAAAAAAAUUUGCUGCCUGAAAAAUCAAGAUUUCAAAUUCAUUGUUUUAAAAAUUCAGUGUA